AUGCAUACCCCCAAGGUUAUACUAUCCUUAUGCCUCGCCAUUGGUAUGGCUGCGGCCUUACCUGCGGUGGGAUCUACCAACGAGCUAGACGGUGACUUGUACAACUACAAACGAGGUACUAGUGAGCUCGACGGGGAUCUCUACAAUUAUAAGCGCGACAAGGCCGAGCUCGAUGGCGACCUUUAUAACUACAAGCGCAGCAAUGCUGAACUAGACGGUGAUCUUUACAACUACAAGCGAGGCGGUUAUAAGCGGGACAACGCUGAACUCGAUGGUGAUCUCUACAACUACAAACGCAGCAAGGCUGAACUUGAUGGAGACUUGUACAAUUACAAGCGUGGCACUGCUGACCUUGAUGGUGACCUUUACAAUUACUGA